AUGUCUUUUCAUCGCGUGGCUGUCGACCCUCACACUCCCUUCCUCCACAUAGGGAACAUGACUUAUUUUUCCUUCUUCUCUGAGGUGAGCCAGUCAGAUCAUUUUUCCAGCACCAUUAUGGAGACCCUGGUCAUCACCACGGUCUUCCUGACCUCGGUGGCCGCGAACGUGGGAGCCGCAGCCCUCGUGACCUUCGAACGCAAACCUCUGGCCAACAAGACCAUCCUGACCCUCAACUUGUUCGUGGCCGAUGUGCUGUUUGUCAGCAUGAUCCCGCUGAUCGUGGCGGUGCGUUGGACCGUGUCCUGGACGCUGGGGUACGGCGCCUGCCACACGGUGCUUUUCGUCACUUGCAUGAGCGGCUGCGUCGCCAUCACUACCCUGGCCUCCAUCAGCGUGGAGAGGGUCCAGGCUAUUCUCCGGCUUCAGAGCGUGCACACGCUAAACCCCAGGAUGGUGACCGCCACCAUCGUCUUCAUCUGGGCCUACUCCGCGCUUAGCACCUUACCCCUCAGCCUGUUCUUCACCGUGAUGGAAGUGAACUUCCCUGAUCACGAACGUGUGCACAUUUGCACUCUCAAAUGGCCUGACAUGACUGGAGAGAUUGUGUGGAACGUGGCUUUCACUGCCCUGUGCUUCCUCCUGCCAGGACUCACAAUUGUUGUGAGUUACAGCAAAAUAUUGCAGAUUGCUAAAAGUUGUAGACGAAGGCUUCAACAAAGAGACAGUCGGCCUCCAGCUGGAGACUCCCCCGACUACCAGGUCUCCCGCCAGGACAUGAAGCUCUUCCGCACCAUGCUGGUUUUGGUGCUCUCCUUCCUAAUCAUGUGGAGCCCGAUUUUCAUCAUCGCCGUCCUCAUCCUGGCCAGGAACUUCCUCUCUCACCUGCACGUGUCCUCCACAUUGUUCUUCUGGGUGGUCACGUUCACAAUGGCCAACUCAGCGCUCAAUCCCAUCCUCUACUCGGUCCUCCAGCUGAAGAACGGCUGGCGUAAGCUCUGUUGCGGCUCUGUCGUUCAGCCGCUGAGAAAAGGUCCUCAAGCCAGUGAGGUCGGUCGUACGCCGAGGAUAGAUCCAUGA